AUGAAAGCAAAAGCUACUUUUGGCCAGGCUCCAUUGGAACGUGCACUCAUCAGUCAAUACGUCAAUGCUACACAAGAUCUUUACAACCCCUACUUUAGAGCCAAAGACGAUGCCAGUAAAUUGAGAUUCAAAACAGAUAUUGCGCCCAGACUUUUGGCACGUUUCGAACAACACCUGAAGGCUGCCGGUGGUGAGCACUUUGUAGUUUUUUUUAUUCUGGAUCCUGGUUCAUUCCUUAGCGGAUAUCCCAAGAGACACGAUACAAUUGUUCCUGUUGCAUGCGUUUCAUCCAAACCACAUUUUCCAUACCAAUGUCAAGAGCCAAAUGGAUACACCACAAAUUAUGAAGCUUCUGCCUUCAACUCUUUAUUACCAAACUCCAAUCAACCACCAUUAUCGUUUUUUGAAGCUGGAAAUACCACUACCGACUUUGUUGGUCAAAGAACUUUCAGCUCUUAUGUGAUUCUUACCGAAGGCCAAGAACCAAUCAUUGGAUCUAUUUGGGACUUUCCAUUGGGUGACUUAUUGGGUAGCUUCUUGAUUGGUCAAUUCCCAGUUCAAAUCUAUAAUGCUGCUGCUUAUUCCUUCAAUACCAAUCAAACCUACCUCUAUGAUCCAAAGACCUGCUCAUUGGUUUCAUCGACUAUAAGAAACUCCGACAAAGCAAACCCAGGAUUUACCCUAAUGAAUUUCUACAACUUUGAAAACACUUUUACCGAAUCAUGGUUUGAUUUGCCAUCAGCUUGUUCAUCACAAUCUGUCGUCUCAAUUCCACAUACUGUCACUCCCCAAAUCAACAAUAUUUUAAAAGGAUUCUUUUAA